AUGGCGGGGUCCUCUCCCGACCGCCACAACUUCUACCCCCCACUAACUUCUCUCUUCUCCCAGCUCUCCUUUUUUUUCUGUAUAUUCAAAAGCGUUAUUCUCUCAACUUCUUUACAGUCAUCAUGGGCGAGCACUCAGCUAUCUGGCAAACUUCUUUCUCGCAGCCUGAUGGGCUCGGGUCAAUUCGACAAGGCUGGUAUUCUUGCCGCUGACUUCUCCGGUGUUGAGGCUUCCUCCCCCGGCUUCACGCUCUCCCAGGAUGAGAUCAACUCCCUGAUCACCGCCUACACUUCUAGCGAUCAGGCUUUUGCCGGUGGUUUCUCUGUCUGUGGUGAGAAGUUCGUCACCAUCCGCGCUGACGAGCGCAGUGUAUACGGCAAGAAGGUAAAGAUACUCGUUCCCUUCGACCGAUCAGCACCUCUGGAGGGUAAGGAGGGCGUCAUUAUCGCUCGUGCCUCCUCUUGCACCAUCAUCGCCCACCAUGGCGACACUGUCCAGACCACCAACGCGGCCACCGUUGUCGAGAACCUCGUCGACUACCUCAACAACCCCCGGUAA